AGCUUAGAGGCGAGCGGGAUAGGUUAUUGGGCGGGCGGAAGGUUUGAAUGGUGAAGGCCUAUGGCUGUUGAUCUUGCUCUGAGGCUGUAACUUCGACAGUCCGGUGAGAGAAGCGGAGAAGGCAGACUCCAGCCUAUCUGGUCGAGAGGCAUAGCUGUCGUCUGGUUAAAUCGCCUCCUUUCCCCAGAUUUCCUUGAAUUCUGCUAGAGUCUUCGCUUGUGUGUGAUUCCCUGCCUACUUCUCUUCCUCCUGAAGGGAAGUCUCAGACUCAAACCUGAGUGAGAACUCGGAAACCAUGUCUGCAGAAUUCUUUUCAUCUACAAGAGAGGAGGGAAGCCCUGGCUCAGGACCUAGUUUUAGGUCCAAUCAGAGGAAGAUAUUAAACCUGCUCCUGGAGAGAGAUACUUCCUUUUCCAUCAGUUCAGAUCUCCCUAGAACCCCAGUGGAGAAGAAACUUUUUGGUGAUUCUGCAAACCUAAGCAUUUUGUCUGGAGAAACCCCAAAACGUUGCCUUAAUCUUUCGAAUCUUAGCAGCGGGGAGAUGUCUGCCACUCAGUUUACCACUUCUUCAGACCUUGAUGAAACUGGUCACUUGGAUUCUACAGGACCUGAGGAAAUACAGUUAGCUGGGAUGAAUUAUCACCAACACCUUGUAAAAUGCAGCCCAGAAAACAGCACUUCAAAGCCCUUGGAGUGGUGGGUACCCAGGAACCUGAGGUCUCCUCUUUUUCUGCUGGACAAUGGAAACUUGGUGGAAAGUGAAAUGAAACAUCUGGACAGUCCUAUUACUACAGUUUCAAAAUUAGAUAAAAAUCCAGAGCUAGGAGAAAACCAGACAGAGGAGAUUUCAGAUGAAUUGAUGGAGUUUUCUCUGGAAGAUCAAGAAGAGGCCAAGGCAUCUGUGAACAGGAGCUGCCUGUAUCGCUCCUCUUCGUUGCCAGACAGUUUGAACAGUCCAGGACUGAAGCAGAUGGUAAAAUUCAAGGACAACACAAUACCAGAUAAAGUAAAAAAGAAAUAUUGUUCUAGCCACAAAGAGCUCAGGAAGGGUUUAGGUAUAAAGAAAAUGGUCUCCCUCUGUGACAUUAAUAUGACUCAGAUGCUGGAGGAAGAUUCUAACCAGGGGCCUCUGAUUGGUGAUUUCUCCAAGGUAUGUGCACUGCCGACCGUGUCAGGGAGACACCAAGAUCUGAAGUACGUCAACCCAGAAACAGUGGCUGCCUUGCUUUUGGGGAAGUUCCAGGGUCUGAUAGAGAUAUUUUAUAUCAUCGAUUGCCGCUAUCCAUAUGAGUACCUGGGAGGACACAUCCAGGGAGCUUUAAACUUGUACAGUCAAGAAGAACUGUAUAACUUCUUUCUGAAGAAACCCAUUGUCCCUUUGGAUACUCAGAAAAGAAUAAUCAUUGUGUUCCACUGUGAAUUCUCCUCAGAGAGGGGUCCCCGCAUGUACCGCUCUCUGAGACAAGAGGACAGGGCUGUGAACCAGUAUCCUGCACUGUACUACCCAGAGCUGUAUAUCCUCAAAGGGGGCUACAGAGACUUCUUUCCAGAAUAUAUGGAGCUGUGUGAACCACAGAGCUACUGCCCUAUGCAUCACCAGGACCAUAAGACUGAGCUGCUGAGGUGUCGAAACCAGAGCAAAGCAUGGGAAGGGGAGCGGCAGCUGCAGGAACAGAUUGCCUUGCUGGUGAAGGAUGUGAGCCCAUGAUAUCAGAUCACCCACUGGCUGCUUAGGACUCACCAAAAGACACUGUAGAAACCCUAAGCAGAAAGAGGCCAUCUUCUAUGCAGCUAAACCCAAGAUGUUAAAAGAUGUCAGCAAACCAACAGGCUGCCAAACUACUGAAAUCCCAGGCCUGGGGACUGGUUAGGUGUCAGUAGAGCUCCUGGCUGGUGGGAAGUCCUAGAGCUGGCUCUAUAAGGCUGGAGCCUUGGGUUGCAUAGAGAUUUGUGUUGCUUCAGGGAGCUGUUGGAUUCCUCUUCCUAACUGCUUGAGUCUCCUCAGAGGUCAGCCACAUCUUUUUCCCCAUGGGCUUCUGGCUAUGCGAGAGAGAGUUGCCCAUCUUCUUUCUCUAUAUUUUCCUUCUUUGUUUCCCUCUCUCACCUUUUUUUAAAAUGGGAAAAUAAACAUUGAAGAAUGAGAAAUGCGAUUGUGAGCCCAGUCUGUUCCUAGAAGAUGUGUAUAAGGAAGUAAUCACCACAUUAAACUCCUUCGGACAAAGAUGUAGCCAUCUCUAUUCAUAGCUAAGGCCUAGGUGCUUUUCACCAGACCAUGGUUCUCAAAGUUUGGGCCCUGGUCCAUCAGCAUCAUCUGAACUUGCUUGAAAUGCAAAUUUUCACAGCCCACUCCAGACCUACUAAAUCAGAACAUCUGAGGUUAGGGCCCAGAAAUCUGGGUUUUAAAAAAUCUCCUUUUCAGUUGAUUCUGAUACAUGAAAGGCUUGAGAACCACAGCUCUGGAAUUAAGGAAAACCUUUUAAAUUUCAUUCUUCAGCAAUGUUCCAGGCUUUCCUUUCCUAGACCAUUCCAUAGUAUGAGUUGCCUAAAAGUGUGCCCCAGACUCAACACUCAAUGGUAUCAAGGCUCAGAAAACCAAAAUAAUUGCCAUUCUCUAAGGCCAAGGGAUAGGUCUGAGUUGGGCUCAAAAGGUUCCUUAUCUACAGCCUCAAUGGAGUUUUGACUUUUCCCAUUUUCCAAAGUUUUUUUCUCCACUCCACUUCAUGUCUCACAUAGACAAGUUUAGGAUUUAGGAUGGUUGGAAGUAGAGAUCCGUGCUAUAUGAAAAUAGGAAUAAAAGAAAAGUACCAAGCAAGAUCAGUUAGACUUCAGAAAGAUAUUUUAAAUUGCAUUCUUCAGUAUUAUCCCAGGCUUUCCUUUCUUAGAGCUCUUUAAGAUGAGUAGGCUUUUGUCUGUGUAGUAAGGUACAGCCCUACUUGGCCUGGGUGGCCGUGGAAUUAAUUGAACAUUGUCUUCUCUGGCAUUAACCUAGUAGUAGUGAUAGCUCAGGACUAGAAAAGGACAAAGGGCUCUGAAGCCUAGACUGACAUAGAAUGGAGACAAAAAUGAUAUCUUCCCAGGUUCUGGAGCAGGGAGACUUUUUAAAAGUGAGUGGGAGGGAAGGAGGGCAUUAGCCAUAGGGCAGCCCAACAGUAUGCCAGAGUGACUGGAUUGAUUUUUGCAAGGUUUGCAAGUGCUGUUCUCCCGGAAUGCUGCAUGCUUGCCUCACAGCAGAGGGCACUGCUGUAUUCUCUAAGCCAGCCACUGCAGCCUGCAGCCUCCACUCCUAGCUGGAGCAUGUCUGUCCAGAGGGAGGCUCCCUCUCUGACCUGCCUAAGCCCUUGAGCUCAGAGCUCAGAAGGGCCGGGGGUAAAAAGGAAAGAAAAGCUUCUGCUACAUUAGGUGGAAAUAGCUGAGGGAAAGAUGCUGCUUCCCUGUCCCACUCCACACACUUCCCCCCACCAAGCAGGAACUUCUAGUUGCCUGAGCAGGAAACUGGUGGAAGCACCUCCACUUCCAAGUGUGAUGAGGGGUCCCUGACUCACUGCCUAACCUAGUGGGUCAUUUCCUGAUAAUUCUCCCCAAAAAGGUGGAAGCAAGUCACUACCUGGGAAGAGACUGGUGUACAAGUGUUCACAUUUCAGUAAUCUUAAAUGGAAAUUCUGAGUUGCAACACAUAAAACUAGGGCUUAAUCAGCUAUCUACUUUGUGGAAAAUUAUAUUUGCCUAAAAGGCAACAUUUUCCCAUAUAGUUUCUUGUAAUAUCUUCCCAUUGUAUAGGUACCGCAUCACUUAAUUCAUGUUAUUUUCAGGAACAAUAAUAAUAGUAGCUAACAACUUUUCAGUUGUUUACUGCAUGCAAGACUUCAUGAACUCAUUUUAUAUAUAAACUCAUUUUCACAACAAUCCUGUGAGGCAAGUAUUCACUAUUAUGCAUGUUUUACCAAUAAAGAAAUUGAGGAACAGAGGGAUUGAGUAACUUUUUUUUUUUAAUUUAUUUAAUUAAUUUAUUUUUGGCUGCAUUGGGUCUUUGUUGCUGCAUGCGGGCUCUCUCUAGUUGCAGCGAGCGGGGGGCUACUCUUCGUUGCGGUGUGCAGGCUUCUCAUUGCGGUGGCUUCUCUUGUUGUGGAGCAUGG